CGGAGCCCCUUCUGGGAGGGCAGGACCGGGGCGGGGGCAGCGCAGGUUGGUGCGCGGCGAGUGGCUUCCCAGCACCCGGGAGGGGGAGGCGCCGUCAUCGCUUCCAGGGAGCUCGAGUGUGAACACCGCGUCCUGCUCGGAGCGGAGAGCCUGCUGCGAGGACCGCUGGGCGUCCCGGUCGCUCUAAAGAUGGGCGCGCAAGCUCUGACGGGUGACGGUGGCGUUGCGUUGCACAGGGACUCAACCUCCUGGUCAGGCCCGGGGCUCUCUAAAGUUAGUGAUGAGCCUGCAGUCACGGUCGCCUCCUGUGGUACCAUACGUGUUUAGUGAAUGAGGUAUUCCCCGGAGCUGUUCAACGAUGCUGUGCCUUAAUUAUCUCCCAAGCUUAUGCGUUUCUCAUAUAAUAGCGUACUCAGCCGUGCCUGUUGCACGUUUCAUUUGUCACUGUUACAGCGGAUGUUCAUUGUGUGUUUGGAUCUGCGUGGUAGAUUCAGAAACGGAAGAGUUUGCAGUUAUUUGUAAUUUACUUUAGGCUGCCAGAGCUCUUCAAAUGCUUAUGAUACAGGUGACUGCAGAGCUACUAGAGGAUGCAGGGAGCCCAGUUUAUAUGCUCAAGCAUUGAAAUUACUGUUCAAAUAUUUUCAAAAGCCUUGUGUGUUACUCAGUUAUUGAAAUUUGCUUCGACAAGUGAAAAAAUCCCAGUUUUCACGUAGGGUGUCAGUUACCCCCAAAAACAGAGUCAACUGUAGGAAUGACUUGUGGCAUGUAUUAGGGUGAGUAAAGCUGUGUAACGCUCUAAAGGCAGUAAAUACUUCGAGUCUUAUUUCAGUGUCCUUCCAUAUGUACAUAUCCAGUUUAAGUGGAUGGUAAUUCAGAACAAAUGGAAAAUCCGUCUUAAUAGAUCUGUGUUGUGCCAGAAAUGAGAAGGCUAUAUAAUUAUUCAUUCAGACAGACUACCUUAAAAUAUAGACAUACACAAAGCCAUUAUUGUUACAUGCUUCCAGAGUCUGAUUUUAUGGUAGUGCUAGUGUAUGUUAUGAGUUUUAGCUUAUAUUGUUCCAAUCUAAAGUAAGACUUUGUAUACUAGCGUUUACUGCAUCUUGGGUUAAGCAAGCCUCUGUCCUCUCCGUAACUGACCUUUGUGAGUAUUUAAUGAUAAAUGUGGUUAUUAAGUAACUUUCCAGAGCAUUUGCAUUUCUGUUAGAAUGCCUUGGUUUUAUUUCUCCCUCUUUCCUCCAUUGUCUUUUGGUGAGCUUUAUUGUUUUGCAUGUUUUGUUAGAAGAGACCAAACUAACACUUUGCUAUGACAGUUAAACGCACAAGGAUGAGUAUUUUUCACUUGCAACAUUAAUCUCCAAAUGCACGUAGCCAAAAAACGUUUUGUUUCUCAGGGCAUCAAGUUGUCAGCAGAGGUCAAACCAUUUGUUCCAAAACAUGCGGCGGUAACCGUGGCAUGGUCAGAACCCUCAGAAGCAUGUGUCUUUCCUAGGUACUUAACUACAUGCUACCCAUUUGUUCAGGAACCAUCUUUGGAUAAGCAACAAGUAUAUGCUGAAGAUUUGCCCUGGGAUGACUUCUCAUCUCUUUCUCAAUGUCCAUCACAUAGUGUUCUGGGAGAUCCUGCCUUCCGUGAAUACUCCAGCUGCUCUUACUCACCUGAUGUUGUUUCAAAUGUAUAUCCUGUAGCUGGCUCACAAUAUCAUUCUAACAACUCAACACACUCUAAUGGUUCAGCAAUAGUCAGUGAAUCUGCUGAGCAAACGUAUCCAAUCAGACAAGAGAGUAAGAAUCUUUCAAAGCAGAGGAGAUCAAAAGAGGGUGAGAAAAAAUUAGACAAGAAAAGGCAUGAUGGAGAUGACUCUUCUGUCAGAAUUGUGAACAGGACUUCGUUCCAGACCUCCGCAUGCAGCAGAGAUUCUGUGAAGCCAGACAGGUUCAAUAAAACUACAAACAAGAAGUCAACUCAAACUCCAAAACCAGAGUCUCUUGCUGUACCCACAUUUGAAGCUACCAUUCUGGAUUUCCACAAGUCACAGAGUUUGGGAAGCAGUGAGAUAUUGAAUGUACAGCAUAAAAGUGGACCAGUGUGUGCAGCGGAAAGUAACAUUGCGUGCCUUAGUCAACCACAGAUGUCUCUUUUGUUGAAUACGGAGGAAGAUACUUCUGCAGAAAGCAAAGCUUCAUCAAAAACUUUAGAUGAAACAGUAGCCACCUUAAUUCCCUCUUCAUUUGAUGGUAGAGUGGCAUUUCCUGAAACACCUGCAGAUGUUUCUGCUCAGCCACAUGUGUCUUGGGCUAUGGUACUUUCACAGCCCCCAAAGAAAAUUGUGUCAUCACCAGCAUCUGAAGGUCUUUCCAGAGGCAAAGGGAAGCAGGAUGGUGAAGCAAAGCAGUCAGAAACAAAAAAUGACGCUAGUGAAACUGAGCCUGAAGAAGGGUCAGAAAAGAAGAAAAAAAAGAAGAAAAAGAAGAAAAAACCGAAGUCACCCACUGAUGUAGAGAAACCUCAAAAUGAACCUACUAAAGUACAGGAACCACCAAGGAUUGAGGAUGCUGAGGAGUUUCCUGAUCUGGCAGCUGCUUCUGACAGGAGAAAUAGGCUAGGAUCUCAGAAAUCAUCAUUUACUCCUUCUGUCAGAAAGCAAUCUGAAAUCCAUCUCCCUGAAGAGCCUUGGGAUAAUCGGUCUCCCACACUGGAUGGAACUCCCAAGGUGGUGGAUGGACUGUCAGGGAAGCAAGCUUCAUCUUCUGUGUUAGAAAGAAAGAAAAUGCAGGAAACAUCCAGGAGCAGUGGUAAGAAGAGUCAAAUUCCAGUGCAAUUGGAUUUGGGUGGCAUGCUGGCAGUCUUGGAGCAGAAGCAGCAAACAGAGAAGUCAAAACAGUCUUCUAAACCUGUGGUGCUUUCAGGCAAGAGCACCGUUCACAAGAUACAAGAGAAAAUAAAGGUUCUUUUAAAAAACAUUUUAAAAGCAUGGCGAUCUAAAUUGUUUGGAGGAAGACUUGGGAAAAGAAAAAUCCUCAGGACAAUAAUUUGUAAAAAAAUACCUUAUAUAAAUAUGAGAGUUGGUGGUGCCAUACCAUUGCUUUCUAAAGAACCUGCUACAGCCACAAAAAGUCACCGGUUAAACCAAGGAAAGAUGCCUCAUAACCCUUUGGAUUCCAGCGCUCCUUUGGUAAAGAAAGGGAAACAGAGAGAAGUGCCUAAAGCAAAGAGACCAACACCUCUUAAAAAGAUUAUUCUGAAAGAAAGAGAACAACGAAAACAGCAACACCUGUUAGAACAGACAGCAGUACCAAAAGAUGAAGAUAAUAUUUGUCAGUCCACAGAAAAUAUUACUGAAGAUGAAACGCUUCUACAGGAUAGUCAAGCAGCUGUUCCUGCAGCACAAGUUGCUGAAGGGUUUCUGGAGAACACAGGGAUCAAGGACUCAACAGAAAGUUCUAUGUCUUCAAAGCAGCUAACCUUUAGUCUUCCAAAAAUCCAUAGUAGGAAUUUUAGAGAUUAUUGCAGCCAGGUACUUAGUAAAGAAGUUGACAGUUGUGUGACAGAUCUCUUAAAAGAACUGGUUCGUUUCCAAGAUCGCUUGUAUCAGAAAGACCCAGUAAAGGCCAAGAUAAAACGCAGGCUUGUUAUGGGUCUUAGAGAAGUUUUGAAACAUCUGAAGCUGAAAAAACUGAAGUGUGUCAUCAUCUCUCCUAACUGCGAAAAGAUUCAGUCAAAGGGUGGUUUGGAUGAGACUCUACACAACAUUAUUGACUGCGCCUGUGAACAGAAUAUCCCAUUUGUUUUUGCCCUGAAUCGCAAGGCCCUGGGCCGCUGUGUGAACAAAGCAGUGCCUGUGAGCGUGGUGGGAAUUUUUAGCUAUGAUGGGGCUCAGGACCAUUUUCAUAGGAUGGUACAACUGACAACAGAGGCCAGGAAGGCCUACAAAGAUAUGAUAGCAGCUUUAGAGGAAGAAGCUGAAGGAGGACUAAGAGAAACCCAGCCCAGCAUCUUGACCACUGAUUAUGAAAAAAAUGGCUUAUCAGAAACUGUUAAAACAUCUUCCAAGGACUCUGAUGAGGAUGUACCAAAUUAUAUUAAAAUCUGGAAGAGAAAACUUGAAGAAGAGUAUAACCCGUAUGCACUGGAACUGGAAAAGAGUGCAGCUGCUGACAUGGUGAUAGUGAAUUCAGAAGAGCAUCAGUAAAUCCAGAUCCAAUUCUAUUGGGGCUUUUAAUAUUUUUUUUUAGACCCCUAGGAAGAGGGUAGCAAAAUAAAAUCAUUUUAAGAAGUAUAUGAAGUCAGCCAGGUAAACUGUUCUGAACCCAUUUAAUCAAAAUACACACUGCAGCACAUGAGGCACUGGCUAAUGCUUUUACAUUUUAUGUAUUUGGCUGAUUACUAUAGCAGAUGACAACAGCAAAUUGUCUUAGCCCUGAACCACUUGAACGAGCCUGGCAUACUUCAGUGGUUGGCAUACUUCA